AUGCAGGCCAACAUUUCCAAGGCCAUUAGUGCAUGUGCUGAAGUUGUCAAGGCUCUUGUGAAGCCCAAGGAGGUUAAGCCUAAGACUGCAACAGGCGGCAGCUGUAAGCUCACUCGACUUGACUACGUUGCUCAUCCCAAGUUCAAGAAGUGUGCUUGUGCCCACAUCGCCAAGGGUCUCGGACUCUGCUGGCCAAAGUCGCAGGCCAAGGCUCAAACCAAGGCUAAGGCACCUGAGGCUCCAGCUCAGGCUGCCAAAGACGCCCAGACCCCCACCAAGGCUCCAGGGUAG